AUUCUACUUUCAGUAACACACAGAAUCUGAGGAGAUUAAGUUCCGCUUAAUUACAACUGGCGGAGAUUUUGCCGUUAUUGUUUACGUUGGUGUUACAUUUUUUUGUUUUUAAUUUAUUAUUAUAGUUUUUUUGCUGAAUAAAACGCUACAUAGAAUUAAAGAAAAAUUAUGGAGUUCCUACCGUUUCUAUUCGGUAUGAUAACGCUAAUAGCAGCAAAAGAGAGUAAACGAGAAUCCCGCCAAAUCCCAUUGAAUCUUCAUCCAAGUUUACUAGCAUCGCCGAUUCCUUUCCAAGCAGAUAUUAAACUAGGUCACCACGGAGUAGUACCUGGAAAUGUUCAGUUUAAAGCACAAACAAGCUCAUAUAAACAACUUCACGGAAGUCCUGGAAUUCCUCACGGCUCAGUUUCGUUAAAUAUUUUCGAUACACCCGAAUAUAUCAAUAAGCAGAUUCCAAACAUACAACCUCCUUCUGCUGAACAGUUACUUGAAGAAGAAUGGAGAGAGUUUCAGAUGAUAUACAAAAAAUCAUAUUCUUCACAAGAAAUCGCAUCAUUCAGGCGAGCAGUAUUUAUAGAAAACCGAGCUAAAAUUGCCAAGCAUAAUCAAGAAUACAGCCAAGGAAAAAGGAACUUUGUACAGCAGAUGAAUCCUUUCGGUGACUUGCUCUUCAAUGAGUUUAAUCAGCUUUUGAACGGAUUGAAUAGAAGUACUGUACCUAAAGUAAGAAUUCCAACUCCAACCACAUACAUCCCAAGUGCCAACGUAAAUGUUCCUAAUAACGUCGAUUGGAGGCAAGUGGGAGCUGUGACACCUGUGAAAAAUCAAGGAGAAUGUGCGAGCUGCUGGGCUUUCGCUGCUGCUGGCGCUUUGGAAGGACACUGGUUCCGUAAAACGUCUAAGCUGGAAGACAUAAGCGAACAAGACCUUCUUGACUGUACUUUCAAAGAUAAUACAGGAUGCAGUGGUGGAGACAUCGAUCCAGCUUUCCAAUAUGUUAGAAAGAAUAAUGGUGUUGACAUAGAGGAGCAAUAUCCAGUUGGAUAUGAAGAAAGCGACAAAAAUGGUUGCAGGCAUAACCGUGAAGGAAUUGUUAAAUGUACUGGUUACGUAGACUUGGCAAAGGGUGACGAGAAGGGCCUAGAGCUAGCAGUAGCCACCAUAGGACCUGUAGCAGUGGGUAUUGAAGUGGUUCCAGAUUUCCAGUUCUACUCCGACGGCGUUUAUUUCAGUAAAGAUUGUAGUCAAAAUGAAGGUAAUGUGAACCAUGCGAUGCUAAUUGUCGGAUAUGGACAAGAACCUAAUGGCCAGAAAUAUUGGUUGGUCAAGAACUCGUACGGCACUAACUGGGGAUUGGGUGGUUACAUUAAGAUGGCCAAAGAUGCAAAUAACCAUUGCAGUAUUGCUUCUUUAGCCAGUUAUCCAUUAGUGUAAAUUAGGCCAGGUUAUAGAUUCAUGUAUUUAUUUCAUAAUAUAAAGAGUUCUUAAGAUUGUCAAGUUUGAAGAAAUUUGCCUAAACUGGCGUGAUGAUGUAAAAAAAUAACUGCUGUGUGUUUAAUAUUUAAUUACAUGCGAGUAAAAAUAUCAAUUUUUUCACUUCGCAAAUAUUAAUGUGCCACUUGAAAUUAAGUAAAUAUACUGCCAAUUUUGUGUAAGGUGUGAGAGCUGCCUACACACUCUAUUAGUUAAUAUUAUAUCAAUAUGUUCUUUUGUAAUUUAGGUAACUAGAAUGCAAACACUCAUAGAAUUUGUACACUAUAAACAUAUAGUAUUUGUACUUUCAUAUAAUAGUUGUUUUAUUUAAUAUUAUUAUCAUAAACUGAUUAGACUUCUUUUAUUAAUUGGAAAAUACAAAUAUAAGAUUUUUACAA